AUGGUUCUUUUAAUUCGUAAUUUGUUGAGAAACAAUAUUCGUCACCUUCACAUAUAUGGUCGCAGCAUUCCAUCAUAUAUCCCACUACCUCCUUACAUCGCUUCUAAGACUGAUCCUACACCAACUUCAAUAAUUAUUCAUAAUGAACAUAGUAUACAGGAAUUGAAACGAGCUGGUGCAGUCGUUCGCCAAAUAUUUGACGCACUUAAAGGAUAUAUCACAACAGGUUUAUCUACUCAGGACAUUGACGACUUCAUAUUUGACCAGUGUUUGAAUAGAUCGGUUUACCCUUCACCACUAGGGUAUCGAAGUUUUCCUAAAUCUGUGUGUACAUCGGUCAAUGAAGUAGUUUGUCAUGGGAUCCCUGAAAAAUCACAAAUACUGAGGCCUGGUGAUAUUAUAUCUGUAGAUAUAUCAGUUUACAAUGGUUACGCACAUGGUGAUGCUUGUCAAACUUUUGUAGUUGGUUUGGAUGACCAACUUGAUCAUUCAGAUUCUGAAACUGUCGGUCGGAUGAAAACUGCAACAUAUUUGUGUACUGUGGCCAAGAAAUGUCUUGAUGCUGGUGUUAGCGUUUGUGGUCCAAAUGCCCUUUACACAUCUAUCGCAGAGGCAGUCACUAAAUGUGCGAAUGCAUUUCAGUGUAGGGUAGUAGCAGGUGUAUGUGGGCAUGGGAUUGGUUCGUUUUUACAUGGUCCUCCGGAGAUAGUGCAUUCAAUCCAUGAAUCCGUAUCCCAACCACUUGUACGUAUGCUUCCUGGACAUACAUUCACUGUGGAACCGUGUAUUGCACUUUCAUCUACUAAAUUUAAAUCCAAUACAAGGUUCGCAAUUCCUGUUGUUUUAGAAGACGGAUGGACAGUAGUUACUAGUGACAGAGUUUUGACAGCUCAGUUUGAACAUACCAUUUCAAUUACGGAUAAAGGAUGUACAAUACUAACUUGA